CUGUAAAUACACUAACUUGCCUUGCAACAUAUCUCACCUUCACUACUAAAGCAAUAAUACUUGAAGAAUAGAGAGACUUAACCCACUCAUCAAGAUGAAAAGUUUCCUUUUGGCUUUUGUUCUAUUGGCUUUGGCUUCCUCAUUGGCCUCUGCUUUUGAUCCCAGUCCUCUUCAGGACUUCUGUGUAGCCGUUGAUGACCCCCUGCAUGGUGUGUUUGUGAAUGGGAAGUUCUGCAAGGACCCCAAGCUUGCCAAAGCUGGGGAUUUCUACUUUUCAGUUAAGAUGCCUGGAGACACAAACAAUCCAGUUGGUUCAAAUGUUAGCGCUGUGAAUGUCGAUCAAAUUCCAGGACUUAACACACUUGGCAUUUCAGCUGCCCGUAUUGACUUUGCUCCUUAUGGCCAAAACCCACCUCACACUCACCCUCGUGCCACUGAGAUUCUUGUAGUCCUGGAGGGUACUCUUCUUGUUGGUUUCGUUACUUCCAAUCCAAACAACACACUUGUCAGCAAAGUUCUUAACAAGGGUGAUGUGUUUGUGUUUCCCAUUGGUCUCAUUCACUUCCAAUUCAAUAUUGGGAAAACAAAUGCUGUUGCUUUUGCUGGUUUAAGCAGCCAGAAUCCUGGUGUAAUUACCAUUGCAAAUGCAGUAUUUGGAUCAGAUCCUGCCAUUGAUCCUGGUUUUCUCGCUAAAGCUUUCCAGUUGGACAAGAAAGUGGUGGAAGAUCUCCAGAAAAAGUCCUGGAUGGAUAGCAAUUAGAGAAACAUAUUUUCAAAUCCAGUGAAAUAUGUUUCCUACUUCUAGCUAAAUGUUUUCAUUAAUUUAUUUUACAAGUUACAAUUGAUGAUGUAAUAAAGAUAGGCUUCAUACAUGUUAUAUAUACCUCGAGUGUGUUUUGUUU